GAAAAUUAAUUCGGCCGUUGACUGUAUACAUCGGCAACAAUUUGUCGAGGUGCCAGCCAGGUGUCUUAUAUGGUCAGGAUCGCUCUUUAAAUGGUCGAAACUGGCCAUCAUCCAACGUCGUUGAUUAGACGUACCGUAGCACUGUCAUCUUCCUAACACUUGCCUAGAAUCCUCAGUCUUCUCCGUGCACCAGCGAUAGAAACUUCAAAAUUUAUUCGAAACCGCAAACUUCUUACGAACGUUAGAAUCUUGCACGAUGAGUGACUCCGAUGAAGAAUCGUUCAGCGACAAAGUAGCGAUGUUCGACCAGUACGCGAACAAGCACAAAGACAAGCAGAGCAAGAAUCCGUUCACAUCUGGCACAAAUAUCGAAAAAAGGAAAUUCUCGAAAGAAGAAUACGGCAGACCAGAAGCUGGCUCCUUGACAGAUAUUCGCGGUCGCAAAGCCACGGCGCACAUCCUCAAAGAGGUGCUCGAACUUUGCGAGAUUAUUCAUCAAGAGGGCACGCCGUGUCGCGACCGACCAGAAAUCAUCGCAAUCACGUUUGGCGACCUAUUCAACAUUUACACCCACAUCAGCGACAAAUGCGUAGGACUACUGUUGAGAGCCAGGAAACAGAAGCUCGUGGACUUUGAAGGAGAAGUACUGUUUCAGAGACGAGACGACGACGUACCCAUCUACCUGGUGAAGCCCAUCAACGAAAUCCGGGAAAUGUUCAAACAGCGGCUAAAAGAAAUUGCACAGGAGACGCCCAUAAGCUAACAAUCGUGUUCGUCGUUCGGCGAAUAAUUCCAUGGUGAAGAGUCUCUGCUGCAACCCUGUGUUACCCAACGUUAUCCUGUAUUUAUUUACGACACAGCCGUUGUUGAAGCAACGCGAACGGCCAUUGUAUAGUUUGUAAUUUUUAUUCGAAGUGUACGUGAGACGAACGAGUGGUUGAAGUUGAAGAAUGAGAUGAUGAUGUAGGUCGAUGAAGGACAAAUAUGUGCAAUGUGAUAUUUCCAUAGAAUUAUUAGGAAUAAAGAUUCUUUUCUAGCAAA